AUCCACAGCUAUCCACAGCACACUGCGCCUUUUCCCUGCGCUGUCCUCGUCUCAGUCUGGAUACAUCCAACUUGUCGGGUUUGGACCUCAGUUUAUUCCUCUCAAAUUUCUUCACUUGGUCGGUUUCCAGUGUCUUUUCUUGCCACUUAACCACAACAAUUAGCGACUCGGUGUUUAAAAUGUAUCUUCUAGCUUCCCAAAGCACGCGCUCAACAGUGUCAUUUUCAUGAGGCUCCAAGCUUGAGUGCGCCCACCCAAGGGCUUUGUAAGGUGGCAGUCUGAAAUAUGCAUUAUCAAGCUGAUGUUGUGCGGUAACGUAAGAAACUAUAGACUGGGGUUGAUGCGCACCUUCUGGAGCCACUCACAUAUCCGACAGGUGUGCGGCUGUGCGCAAAGCGGAUCUGGCUGCGGUGCAAAGUGCGUAUAUUGUCCGGGCAUUCAGGCGUCCUGGGUGCGUGUCCAACUGUUUGGACAAAAAGCCGAGAGCGUCUAACAUGUGGACCUGAGACGCAUGCAACAGAGAGCCCUAACCAUGAGGAGGAGCCGACACCGCGCAAAUAUGGGACUUCUUGUGCUUUUCAGAUGGCUUGUAUUCACAGUGUUGGUGCCUGCCUGGCUGCUUGCUGCUCCAAGCGGCAUCCGUGAGCGUCCCUGCCCCCAGAGCUGUAGAUGUGAUGGGAAAAUAAUAUACUGUGAAUCCAACGCCUUCCGUGACGUGCCAAGCAAUGUGUCUGUAGGCACACAGGGCCUCUCCUUGCGUUACAACAGCCUGGUGAACCUCAGAACCCACCAGUUCGCAGGCCUGAGUCAACUAGUUUGGCUCUACCUCGACCACAAUUACAUCAAUGAUGUGGACGGCCAGGCUUUCCAUGGGAUACGGAGGCUCAAAGAACUGAUUCUCAGCUCGAAUAAGAUCAUGCAGCUUAAAAACAACACUUUUCACGAUGUCCCAAAUUUACGUAAUCUAGACCUUUCCUACAAUAAACUGCAGGUUCUGAUUCCUAAUCAGUUUGUAGGACUACGGAAACUGCUCAGUUUACACUUGAGGUCAAACUCCUUAAAAACUGUCCCGAUGCGAGUUUUCCUUGACUGUCGCAACCUGGAGUUUCUUGAUAUUGGCUACAACAGGAUCCGAAGCCUCACGCGUAACGCCUUUGCAGGACUCCUGAAACUCAUCGAGCUUCAUCUGGAGCACAACCAGUUCUCCAAGAUUAACUUUGCUCAUUUCCCCCGACUGACCAACCUGCGGGCGCUCUAUUUGCAAUGGAACCAUAUCACUGCUACACAGGGCCUGCCGUGGAUGUGGACGUCCCUGCAGAAGCUGGACGUCUCGGGGAAUGAGCUCCAAGUGUUGGACCCGAGUACAUUCCAAUGCCUCCCUAAUCUGCAGACUCUUAACCUGGACUCCAACAAGCUCACCAACGUGUCUCAGCAGGCGGUGGAGGCUUGGAUCUCCCUCACCACCAUUAGUCUUGCUGGUAAUCUGUGGUACUGUAACCCCAAUAUAUGUCCCCUGGUGGCCUGGCUCAAGGCCUUUAAGGGUAACAAGGAGUCCACUAUGAUUUGUGCCGGCCCCAAGGAGGCACAAGGAGAGAAAGUGACCGAUGUGGUGGACACCUAUAACAUCUGUACAGCGACACCGGCCCCCAUCCCCUUAACGACGUCGCCCCUCACGUCUGCGUUUCCACCUGAGCUGCUGCCUGUUUCCACACAGUCUGUGGAGGAUACCAAGCUGAUCAGGAACAGUACAGCGUCCCCUGCUCCUUCUGAGGCCUCCUCCACCAUCCCUCUGCCAGACACUGAGUAUGUGUCCUUCCACAAGAUCAUAGCCGGUAGCAUGGCCCUCCUGUUAUCCGUGGCUAUAAUUCUACUGGUAAUCUAUGUCUCGUGGAAGCGCUAUCCCAGCAGCAUAAAACAGCUUCAGCAGCGCUCGGCGGUUAAAAAGCGCCAGAAAAACUCACGGGAGACCGAGCGCUCCCUUAAUUCACCACUGCAAGAGUACUAUGUGGACUACAAGCCGUCACACUCAGAGACUAUGGAUGUGCUGGUUAAUGGGACAGGACCUUACACUUACACCAUCUCAGGCUCCAGGGAAUGCGAGAUACCGCGGCAGCUGAGUGCUCUGACGUUGUACAGGUGUGAGCAGCCGGUUCUGGAUUACUGCCAUGCCCACCUGUCGCUGCACCUCAACGUGGGCAUGGAGCCCCCAACUCAGGCGCCGGGAGGUCUGAGGCCAGCCAAGUACCACCCGGGCCUAAUGCCUCCCCUCCCCUCCGAGCCUGUGCUGCCUUUCCCCCAGACCCACUCCCCCCACCAGUGAGCUGCGCACACUGCGCGGUUCUGUGUCCAAACUACUCUGUGUCCAAGCUACUGUACCAACUGCACAGGACCCGUGGACAACUCACAUGAAACACAAGGUUGUGUGGGAGGGGACUGGUUAAGAAGCGAAGGAGACAAUUAAUCUACUGCAAAGCAUCCGGGACCCAGGGUAAUGGAAAUGGAAAUAUUUCUCAGUGGAAAUAAAUGGGUGCUGCGGUAUUGAUUAGAAAAGCUUCUGACCUACCUGACCUUCAAUGUCCUCAAUUAGAAAAGGAGGCUGAGCAGCAGCAUGACUUUCCACGCUCUGCUCUGCCUCCUGAGGAGUAUUAAGCCUAAUAAUCUAAUGAUUUGUUAAUAUAAUUAAACGCGUUUCCUCCACUGCUCCCCAUCUGGACACCUCUCUGCUGCGUCAGGUAAAGUAAUCAAAUGUAAAAUUGCUUUUAACAGAGCAGGGGAACAGCAUGAUAAGCGUUUGAGUAGCAGAACAAAUGAAAGAUCAGCUGAGCUGGAAGGUUUUCUGCUGCUUUGUCUGAUCCCGCUGUCAAUCAGAGGUCUCUCCCUAACUCUGCGUCCCUGUGGCGCCACGCAAAUACAAUUUCCCAAGACGAGAGAAACAAGUCAGAAAAUAACAGACAUUAUCUGUCUAUGAAAUGUACAACCUACACAUCUUGCCGGCAGUAAGUGUAAUUAACAUAGUGACUUUUGAUUUCCUCAAUGAGUUGGGAUGUUGAUCACGUUAUAAUUAAUUGAAUCGAGCUGAGAAAUAAACAGAUGGGAAAUAAACACCAGAUCCCGGCGCACUGCGAUGCUCGGAUAUUUACUUUUCACCAUGCAUUUAAAAUCACAAUUGUAAUUAAUGUUUUUUUGUUCUUGAAAUGUGUUCUUCGGCCAAUUAUCUGAUUGUGCACUCAUAUAUCUACAUGUGUGUGCUUUUGACAAGAUGUUACAUUAUAAUAUAUGGUAAAUUAACUGUAGUAAAUGACAAGUGACUGUGUCAUUCAUCGAGAUCAGUGGUGUCAACCAACUGUCUGCUGUAUUCAAACAGCUGCGAAGGUGGUUAAGACUGAAGAGCACAGCGCUUAAGGCAACACUGAUUAAUAAUCAUGUGUGAUCAAGAGCCUGAUGGUUACUUCCACUUGCUUUUUUCUCCUCCUGUGACUGUAUGUGACCGUUAUCUGACGUAAUACAGUAUACUCCACUCUCUUUGAA